GUGACUUGCAUUGCAGGGGAGCCAUAGUACGUCGCUGCUGUGAGAAUACAAACUUACCUGCCUCAACUCCUCUGCACAUGCGCAGAAAAAGGCUGCCUAAAUGUGUCACGUGAGGAAGGUGAUUUUAGUUCCGCGGCUUCCAGCUGGUCUGUGAGAGAAUAGUUCCCAGUCAGCACAGCCAUGGCUGCCCACACGGAGGUGAAAGUGCACGGCUAUGAGGAGUACUGCAGGGAGGUUGAGACUUACCGGGGGAGGACGGUGUUCGCUCUGUUCUGUGGGGAUAAGAAUGAGGAGGGGGUGAGUUGGUGCCCGGACUGUGUUAAAGCUGAACCAUUCAUUCGUGGGGAAAUGAAGCACCUUCCAGAAGGCUCAGUCUUCAUAUACUGCUUAGUUGGAGAGAGACAAUACUGGAAGGAUCCAAAUAAUGAUUUUAAAAAAAUCCUGAAACUUACGGGUGUUCCCUCUCUUCUUAAAGUUGGAACGGCACAGAAACUGACAGAAGAAGAAUGCUUUAAACCCGACCUAAUCCAGAUGCUGUUUUCAGAUGAAUAAAUUUUUGCAAAGAUCCAUUUAGAAAGAGCUUCUGGAUUCCACACAACUGUAUCUACUUUUUAUACUCGCAGCUUUACAUUCUGUCUAGAUUAUUUGAAGAAAAGAGAAUAUCUAAAAUAGUGUUUUUCUCAUAAAUAAAGUUUCAUUAAAGUU